AUGGUGGACUUUGAUGAUUGCUUUUAAAUUAUCAAGCCAAAGGAUUACAUUAAAGCCAAUAAAAAGAAUAUUGUAACUUUGCAGAGCACGAUUGAGGCAACUAGGACGAUUUCGAGUCCGCCUAAGACUACUACAAGUCCUUAAAAUAAGACAAGAACAUAGUUUCCUACUAAGACUCUUAUUGAAAAAUAGAAAGAAUAGAUGUAACAAUAACUAGAUAAAAUCAAAAGAAUUAUCAUGAGUAACCCUUACAAGUUUAGCAAUUACAUGGAGCACAAUUCAGCACUGGUACCAGAGAAACUAAUAAACCUAAAUCAAGUAGAUCCAAGUCCAGUAUUUGACGAUGACUAUGAUGAUGAUGAAUAGAACUUUUACAACUAACUUGCAAAGAAUGACUAAGAAUAAGGAGUGAAGUCCAAUAAGAAAAGGUAAAAGUUCAAUAAGGAUUUAGUAAAACAAUAUUAGCUUUACAAGAAAUUGCAUCACAUAAAAGCAAAAGGUGAUCAUUAGGAAACUUCAAUGCCCUUAGAUUUCAAGGAUAAAAUCUAGUUGCUAGAAGAAGAAAAAGCAAUUUUUGGAGUAGAUUCAGGAGAUGAAAAUCUUAAAUCUCCAUUUGGUAAAAUCACUAAAAGAAUUAAUAGUUAGCAGUCUAAUAAAGAUUUGGGAGAAGCCCUCACUCCAAAAUAUCACAAUAGAGUGAGUUUUCAUAAGAGGUCAAUAUCAAUUAUGGACCCUUCAGUUUAGUAGCUAGAAACUCUACAAAAUUCAAACUUUCAAUUGCCAGAGCUAUCAGGUAUCUUAAAUCCAGAUGAAUCUUCGCCUUUAAGAAUUGAAACUUAAUCCUAUUUGCCGGAUCAAAUCAAGUAGUAUCUUUAAAAGAAAAACAAUAUUGAUUCCUCAGGGCUAAAGUCGAAAUAGCGCAAGACUAAUAACAGAACAUCGCUAGAUUUAAAAAAUAACAUUAAUCACUUUAACUAGGAAAACAUGAAUGUUUCUUCAAUUUUACUAAAAUAGGCAAAGGAUAUAGUUACCUAGGUGAACAAGCAAUCACACAAUAAUAUUGGAUUGAUAAAGCUCUCUAAAGAUCUACGAAAUCAAAUAGUUCAAGAAAGUCCCUCUUAAAUUACUUUACAGAGAGAUAUCUUUGAUAACUAUGAUAACUUUAAACUCAAAUCUAGACAUCAUAAGUUUCAAGUUGAGGAUCUUUACAUAAAAAGAGAAAAUGGUUUGCCACUAGAAAUACUUGAAGAAAUGGAAAGGGAGGAAGAAGAAAAGUAGUAAUACAUUCAAAGUAUGGAGACGAAGUUGAGAGCGAAGGGUUCAGCAUUAAGCAACCUGAGUAUUCUCUAGGAGUAAAAAGAAGGUUUCACAGGUAAAACCUCCAUGACAAGUACUUUGAAAAUGCAUAGUGCACAACCUUCACCUAUUAAAAAGAAGCAAGAGUCAACUGAUAUGGGAGGUUUUAACAGUAAGUUUAACAGUCUUGAAUAAGAUGUUUAAAAGAGGAACUAGGUAAAAUAAACUCUAAAUACAGAAACAAACGAUGUAUUUGACUUAAAUAAUAACAUCAACAAAUUCUCAUACUAGAAUAUGAAGAAUGAAAGAGAGCUAAGAGAGCUUAAGCUGCAGACCUAAUCAAAGUAUCAAUCUGUUGAAAGAAUGGCAAAGCUUGAAUAAAUUAAGAAAAAUAUUGAUAGCUAUAAAGAAUUCAAGGAGCAAAGAGAAAAAGCUUUAAUGCAGAUAAGGGAAGUUGCAAGAGCAAACAAUGGUAACAUUAACUCGCAUCAUGAUAUUAAACUUCCUAAAUUGAAGAAUUUUUAUGAAAGAUCUUAUACAGAUGGCAGAUAUCCACCUAGAAAUAAUACUUAUAACUUUUAGACUUUGCAGCACAGACGAAAGUAAGAUGUUGCAAUUGAUGCUGCUUCACUUUCUACGAGAAGAGUUUCACUCAAACAUGAUAAUAUGACAAUAGAUAAAUGGGGUGAGGGACCCAACACUGGAGGAUACAUAGAUAGAAUAAUUCUAAGCGGGAAAAACAUGCUCUCCCCUCAUAAUCUAAGUAGUGAUAUCAGAGGUGGUGGUAGGCAAUUAAAUAAAGAUAUUGAGAGAUUCUACUGA